AGCAAGCCUGCAAUGGUAGAAUAGGAGUGAAUCCAGCUCGAGGCUUGUGAGACUUGAUGAGACAGAUACUGGCUAAGGCAAUAAAUACAAGCCGGUGUGCUGCUGUUCACUGCCUGUGAGAUACACGGCUUGGAUGAAGAUGUAUCAGAUAUGUACUGGGACUGUGUUAGUUUUGGCACGGGCUGUAUUGAUAUGUUCGGUUUGCUUGCGCAACCAUGCAUCAGACACGGCAGGGAACGCACCUCUUACGGAUACCUGCUUGUCACGGGCCAGGACUUUGGGGCGCGCACACACAGUCGUUUGGACCUUUUUGCGAUGCUGGGUUGCACGUAGACAAGUGGAUUGUCUAAGGUUUGGUGUUUUGGCUCGGUCCUUUUUCGGUGAAGGAUAGCUUGAGGACGCGUGAAGGCAAGUCGACUAUGAGCAAUUCUUUGUCCAGUGAUCAG